AUGCCUAUACCAUCGGGUGGGUGUGCGCCCUUCCGAAAAAAACAAACCGCAGCCAGAGUCAUGCUAGAUGAAGAGCACGAAGCUCUUCCGAUCCCUCACAAUGACCAUAAUACAUAUGCCCUUGGCUCAAUAUGCGGCCACAACGUCGUCAUAGCCUGCCUCCCUAAUAUGGGAACCCACACUGCCGCGACCGUCGCGACCUCGAUGAUAAAUACGUUCCAAUCGAUAAGGUUUGGGCUUCUGGUAGGAGUUGGCGGCGGAAUUCCGUCGAAGGUCAGUCUAGGUGAUGUGGUUGUCAGCCAACCUAUUGCCGACUAUCACGGGGUGGUACAAUGGGAUAUGGGGAAGCUGGAAGAGGGUGGGCGUUUUGUCCAUACGGGCUCACUAAACAGACCUCCGAACGCACUAAUCAAUGCAUCGAAUCUGCUGAAAAGUAAGUAUGAGAUGUACGGAUCGAAGAUAAAUGAGUACCUCGAUGAUGUGGAAAGGAAAUUUCCGCGACUGGUGCCGAAAUAUACCAGGUGUGAGUGCUUGGAAGACCCAUUGUUCUGGCAGGCGAUCAUCAUAAUUGUCGCAUAUCUUCUUGGUCUGUGGGCUACUAGUCCUGUAAAUAAGGAGAGUGGGUAUUUACCAGAGAAGACAGAAGUGACAAGGACCCGAAGAGAAGUCAGGGUGCACCAUGGCCUGAUCGCGUCCGGAAAUAAAGUGGUCAAGGAUGCCAAGUCGCGAGACUCUCUCGAUAAGGUCUUUGGUGGUCACUUGCUAUGCUUAGAGAUGGAGGCAGCUGGGCUCAUGAAUGACUUCCCCUGUAUUGUUAUCCGAGGAAUUUGUGACUAUGCGGACUUGGAAGAAGAAGAUUCCUGGCAAGAAUACGCUGCAACCGUUGCCGCUGCAUAUGCAAAGGAACUUUUGGGAUGUGUGCAGCCAAGCGUUGUUGAUGCCGAGAAGGCCGUAUUAGAAAACGUGCAAGAACAGGUCGAUAGCGUGCAGCAAACGACAGUUGCCACAAAGGCUACUACCGAUUCCAUCAGAUCUGUCCUUCACAGUGAUAAGAUCAAGCGCUGGCUUUGUCCCCCUGAUCCGUCUACAAACGCCAACCGGGCGAGAACACUGCGCCACGAGGGGACAGGCACGUGGCUCUUCAAAAACUCCGUCUUCCAGUCGUGGCACUCGGGGUCACGUCGACAGUUAUGGCUGCACGGGCUCGCAGGAUGUGGAAAGACGGUUCUUAGUGCGAAUGUGCUUGAUCAUCUCGUGAAGGAAAACGACGGUCUUAUCCUUAGCUUCUUCUUUGACUUUAGCGACAUAACAAAGCAGACCUUAGAUGGCAUGCUACGAAUGGUAAUGACCAACCUACGACGAGGGGGGCUCUGGGCUAUUGUUUUCAAGAUGCUCGUAGCCCAGAGGAAGGUUUGUGUCAUUCUAGACGCAUUGGAUGAAUCGAAAACAAGGGGUGAUGUUCUCGAGUGGAUCAAAGAUAUAGUAUCUAGGCCAGAGUUGAUUCAUGUCCAGCUACUUUUUACCAGUCGACCCGAAUCUGAGUUUAUACGCCAUAUUCCCUUUUUAAUAGGGGAGGAGAAUUGCCUAUCACUUGAUAAGCAGGCUAUUAACUCCGACAUCCAAUUGUGGGUUACAACACAACUUUUCCAACGACGUGAUUUUACAGAGAAAGCAUUAUCCCCAAAUCUCCUCGAAGAGAUCCGGAGAAAGGUUGGCGACGGGGCCGACGGGAUGUUUAGAUGGGCGUCCUGUCAACUGGAUAGUCUGGGUCGGUGUCGUCACGAGGCAGCUAUAGAGGAGGCUCUCGAAUCUUUGCCUCGGAAUCUUAAUGAGACCUACGAGCGCAUGGUUAAAAGCAUACCUACUGAGCUAGAAAGUGACGCGAUACGCCUCCUACAAUUCCUAGUACAUUCCAAGCGACCUCUCAAGGUAGCCGAGGCUAAAGAGGUUAUAGCGACGCAGAUUGAAAACGAGUCGCAAGGGUUUAAUAUCAAGCGGCGGUUGUUUUGCGAGACUGAUAUUUUGGAUUACUGUCCCGGUUUGAUAGUCGUUCACGCCACCGAUAAAGAGCUACAUCUUGCCCACUUUUCCGUGAAAGAGUUCCUUCUCGGGGAAGAUCAUUUCAGGAUCAGGACUGCUAGUAUUUCUAUCGUGAGGACAUGCUUAAUCUACCUCGCAGAGAUCAAUAGUACCUACAGAGAGGUAAAACGGGAUUUUCCGAUGGCGAGAUAUGCCGCGGAAAUCUGGACAGGGUUUGCUGCCUUAGCCCCUGCUUCUGAAGAAAUAGUACGAGAGAUAGUCAGCUUCCUCGAAAAGGAAGCGACAUUCCAGCGAUGGGCUCGUUUAUAUCAGGCUGAUAGGAGUUGGGACAAUGAGCCUGGCCCUCCGAGGGGUUCAAGGCUUUACUAUGCUUGCAUGAGUGGGCUCGUAGUGCCUACACGAGUUCUUAUUUGUAAGGGAGCGGAUGUUAAUGCACAGGGCGGCCGUUACGGCAACGCUCUCCAGGCUGCCUCGUUAGAAGGGCAUCAAGAGAUCGCCGAACUACUCUUGGACAAGGGAGCGGAUGUCAACGCACAGGGUGGUGAGUUCGGCAACGCUCUCCAGGCUGCCUCGUUAGAAGGGCAUCAAGAGAUUGUCAAACUGCUCUUGGAUAAGGGAGCCGACGUCAACGCUCCGAGCGGCCACUACGGCAACGCUCUGUAUGCCGCCUUAGAGAGAGGCUAUCAAGAAAUAAUCAUAUUACUUCUGGAUACAGGUGUGGACAUCAACGCGCACAGUGGUCGCUAUGGCAAUGUUCUGUAUGCCGCUCUAGAAAAAGGCUGUCAAGAGACUGUCAAACUACUCUUGGACAAGGGAGCAGACGUCAACGCGCCGGGCGGUCACUACGGCAACGCUCUCCAAGCGGCCUCAUUAGAAGGCCAUCAACAGAUUGUCAAACUGCUCUUGGAUAAGGGAGCAGAUGUUAACGCGCAGGGUGGCCGCUACGGUAACGCUCUCCAGAUCGCCUCUCAGAGAGGCCAUCAAGAGAUUGUCAAAAUUCUCCAAAGAAGAGGCGCUGAGAUAUCGUUUUCAAAGCAGUCCCCCUCUAAUACUUCAAGCCCGGUGGAGAAAUAUCGUCCCAUAGACUCAGAGCCUUUUAAUAAAACUCAAUAA